UCGGAGCAGAACUCCCAAGCAGCAGCAGGCACUGCCUCUUCAGUUGUCAAGUUCACAGUCAGAUUGGAAAAGUUGAACUUGAAGUUUCCUUCCUGUGGUGAAGCAGAGAGAUACAUAUUACUCACAUAAUAAAAGCCAUGGGCUUCAACCUGACUUUCCACCUUUCCUACAAAUUCCGGUUACUGUUACUUUUUACUUUGUGCCUUACUGUGGUUGGGUGGGUCACCAGUAACUACUUUGUGGAUGUUAUUCAAGAGAUUCCUAAAGCGAAGAAUUUCAUAGCUACUUUCCAUAAGGUCGUGGCUCUAGGGAAGGAAGACGCUCUGACCAAUGAAGCAUCCAUGAAAAAGACAGAACUUGACAGCUGCCCUGCUGUGUCUCCAUAUCUCAAAGGCCAGAACAAGCUCAUUUUCAAACCAGAUCUCACUUUGGAAGAAGUACGGGCAGAAAAUCCCAAAGUGUAUGGAGGCCGAUAUCACCCUGAGGAAUGUAAGGCUUUACAGCGGGUUGCCAUCCUCAUUCCCCACCGUAACAGAGAGAAACACCUGAUGUACCUGCUGGAACAUCUUCAUCCUUUCUUGCAGAGGCAGCAGUUGGAGUAUGGCAUCUACAUCAUCCACCAGGCUGGUAGUAAGAAGUUUAAUCGAGCCAAACUUUUGAAUGUGGGCUAUCUAGAAGCUCUGAAGGAAGAAGACUGGGACUGCUUUAUAUUCCACGAUGUGGACCUGCUGCCUGAGAAUGACUUUAACCUUUACACAUGUGAGGAUCAGCCCAAGCACCUGGUGGUUGGCAGGAACAGCACUGGGUACAGGCUACGUUACAAUGGAUAUUUUGGGGGUGUUACUGCCCUAAGCAGAGAGCAAUUUUUCAAGGUGAAUGGAUUCUCUAACAACUACUGGGGAUGGGGAGGCGAAGACGAUGACCUCAGACUCAGGGUUGAGCUCCAUAGAAUGAAAAUAUCCCGGCCAAACCCUGCUGUGGGUAAAUACACAAUGAUCUUCCACACUAGAGACAGAGGCAAUGAAGUGAAUAUAGAACGGAUGAAGCUCUUACACCAGGUAUCACGAGUCUGGAGAACAGAUGGCUUGAGCAGUUGUUCUUACAAAUUACUGUCUGUGGAACACAAUCCUUUGUAUAUCAAUAUCACAGUGGAUUUCUGGACUGGUUCAUGACCCUGGAUAUUUUGGUGACAUUCAAAGAACUGAUGAUUUGAUUAUGAUAAUUUUGGCCUGGAGACUUCCCCUAGUAACACACAUUAAGAACUUGUUGCAGCUAGUUAUUGGGCUGAAUUUUUCCUUUUAGUAUUUUGUUAGCAGAGCUCCUGAUGAUACAGAAUGUAAAACACUGUAACAAGACAGCUUUCUUAGUUGUUUUGAUCAAGAGAGUUAAAUAUAAGAGAGUUGUAAUAUAGAUACUUGAAGGACUAAAUAUAAAAGGACGACUCAAAGGAUAUAAUGAAGGUUGCUUGAGAACUCUGGCCGAAGAUUUAUUGAAAUUUGAAGUGAUAUAUUAUGGGAUAUAAGGCCACCAGAAAUAAGAUUGCUGAGUGUCACGGGGACCCAGAAUUUUUCUCAGCCAAGGUACGAAGAUGUUUUUCUGUUACUCAUUUAUCCUGCACAGUCAUCUGUGAAGCAGUGGGUCCCAGGUGAGAAGAGGGCCACAGAAGAGGGGAGAAAUGGUGAAGAAUCAAGAUGCCAUGAACUUGAUUUUUUCUUUUUUUUUUGGCGACUGGUUGGUACGGGGAUCCGAACCUGUGACUUUGGUGUUAUAAGGCUGUGCUCUAACCAACUGAGCUAACUGGCCAGCCCGAGAUGCAGUGAUCUUGGGAAUGAAGAGGUGGCUGGAGGACAGAGUGGCAGAUGGAGAGGCAGCAGCCGUGCUGGUCACUGCUGCUCCUGCUGCUCUGCGGUGGGUACCACCUGCCCAGAUAUGCCUUCCAGUCACAGCCCAGUAGAGAACACAUUGUCUACUAGUUUUUACAGCAUUUUUGUAAAAUGAUUUUGUACCUGUAGGAUAUGAAUUAGCAGUUUACAAAUUAUGUAUUAACUAAUAAUAUAUCUAUAAAAUACCUCUAGUAAAAUAUGAAAAAGCUUUGGGUACUCAAA